GCGAGCGCACACAGACUAACAGACCCGGGAAAAAUAACUUACAUGGCUCUUUGUUUGAAUGUACAACGACACCAUGACGACUUGUUAACGGCGGUCUACCUGUAGCCGUCCUCCGCGAAGGCGAACAACAGCACCACUGCUAUUUUAUCACUGUUAAGAGCAAUUUUCCUCUCUUUCCUUUACUGUUCCACAUUCCGGCGCACACACGGGGAAAAUGAAGGCGAAAAACCGUGACCAAAGCUUGUCGGACUCCAGGGAGCUGGACGGAUCCUAUGACCAGCUAACGGGUAAUCCUUCCAACAGCCAAAGCAAAAAAACCAUAAAGCAGCGAUUCCUCAAGCUGCUGCCGUGCUGCAAGCCCUCGGCUGCUCCCUCAAUCAGUCAAAAUAGCGUGGAGGAUGACUUUGAGCUAUCCACUGUGUGCCAUCGCCCUGAAAGCAUGGACAAGCUGCAGGAACAGACCAAGUUCACCAAAAAGGAGCUCCAAGUCCUCUACAGGGGCUUCAAAAAUGAGUGUCCGAGCGGUGUGGUUAAUGAGGAGAACUUUAAGACCAUUUACUCCCAGUUCUUUCCCCAGGGAGAUUCAAGUAUGUAUGCACAUUUCCUGUUUGAAGCUUUUGACACAAACAAGAACGGCUCCGUUAGUUUUGAGGAUUUUGUAUUUGGCUUGUCUAUCAUUCUGAGAGGGACCAUUAAUGACCGGUUAAACUGGGCGUUUAACCUCUAUGACCUGAACAAGGAUGGCUGCAUCACCAAAGAGGAAAUGCUGGACAUCAUGAAGUCCAUCUACGACAUGAUGGGGAAGUACACGUACCCCUCUAUGCAGGACGACGCUCCAAGAGAACAUGUGGAGAGCUUCUUCCAGAAAAUGGACCGGAAUAAAGACGGGGUGGUCACCAUAGAGGAAUUCAUCGAGUCAUGCAAAAAGGAUGAGAACAUCAUGCAGUCCAUGCAGCUGUUUGACAACGUCAUCUAAGAACCCGGAUCAGAGACAACACAGGCACCAGGGAGGGGAAUGUGUGUGUGUAAGAGGAACUAAAAAGAGAGAAAGAGUUUGUGAAUGUGUGUGUAUGGCUGUUUUCAGACUUGCGAGCUUGUGCUUGUGUUGAGAGCUGUGCGUCCUGAGGGCUGCAAGAGGCCCUCUCCCUCGUCCUGGACCCCUGGUGGCAUUUCUCCAAGCAACAAUGGAGGCAUCCCGACUCCCUCGCUCAUCAUGCAGAACUUUAGUUUUACCCAGAGACACAGAGACGAAAAAGCAGCGGGCACACCCCAGACUACCCUUUGUUUUCUAUUAUUUAUUUAUCAUUGUUACUAAUGGAGGAACUUAAUCAGCCUGUGGUGGUAUCUAAUUGUAUCCAAGGAUUACUUUUCCUCCUUGAUGGCCAAGAUUUGGAUUCUGAUCCUGCCUCUGUGCAUGUGGGUGACACACUUCCCUGGAUUUGAAAGGCUGCUCAUGCCCCAGCCAUGACAAAAUAAACAGAAGUCUGCUGCCAUCUAGUGGAAAGAGAGAGAAAGACACUUCCUAAGGAGACAUCUGACAAAUUCAAGAUCCAGGCGAUUCUGUUUUAUGGAGGUUUUCCACAAGAAACUGAUUUCAAUAUCGCAUGAUGAUGUCACUAAUAUCCAGUUAUGUAUUUACAGAGAUACUCCAAAGUCUGCUUGUCUGUCCGCUGUUCCUAGUCAUUCACAGGUGCCUCACCCUCUGUGUAUGUGUGUGUGCAUGUGUUACAGGAAGAGAUGUCAUCCGUCUUACCUACAGGGUCCCGUUCAUAGGAUCCUGGAUGAAUAUUCCCCAGCCUUCCAAGUAUUACAGUCCUAGCUGUAGAUGUCUAAUGACUGUUGUACAUUUUCUAGCAUUCCCAGUGGUGUGAUCUGUUAGGCAGUACAAGGUGGGGGUUGCACUAUAGUUAAAAAAAAUCAAACUGUUCUGAACAUCUUAUUUUCUCUCAAUACAGAAUUUGAAUUGUACUAGUCUAUCAAUUCACAUUCAAAGGGAAUUUAUUAGAUUGCAGACUGUAUUUGUGAACUUCUUGUAAUCAGAAAAGUCAUGUGGUUGUAGCAGGUUCUACCACUCCCUGAAAAAAAAUCUCAACCCUCCUUUUUGCAUUAAUUAGGCUCAUAAAAAUUGAAAUAGAGAUAGUAUGUGUGUGUACUGUUAGCGAGAGAGACAUGGUUUAAUGACAUUUUUACACCCCUCUCAUUUUGUAUUUCCCCUCUCUCUGCAACACCAAAGAGAAGAAAUAAAGAGGUAUAAAGCCCACCUAUGGGUGAAGAGAGAGGGAGAUGCUGUGUAGAACAAGAGGCAAGGGGCAAUCAGACAUAAAGGAUGUCUUGUCCUCAUGCACCCACUCCAACAUUAAGCAUACAAAUCCAUUAUGCUCUGAUUUUUUUUCAGCUAUUUGUUGAGUUGUUUGAAUUCUAAAUUAGACUAUUUCUGAGAUGGUACAAGUGUAAAAAGCACUAAUGCUAUAUUUCAACAGGCUGUAGUGUUUUCCAGCGCAUAUACUAGUAUGGAAUAGCAAUAACGAUCGACAUGUAUAAGGUGCAUUUCCACUCGAACAUCUUAUUCAUCUUACAGCACAGUUGAAGGAUACAUUAAAGCCUUGAUGAUAAUAUGCACUCACCGACCUUUACUUACUUUGUUGCUGUAUGCUUUUCUUUACAUUAUUUAUGUAAUGGAGGAAAAUAGCUACCCUCUGAUUGUUCCUUGCCUACAGUCUUGAAUUUCCACUCCUGACCAGAACUAAACCUGUCUAUACCCGCAUGUACUGUGUCUAGAACAAUGAAAACCUACUAACCCGCUGUACUGACUGUCUAGUUAGCUAGCCUCAACUGGUUGCAUUACGUAUUUAAAUUGUGUAUAUUUUGUACAGAGACAAUA